AUGGGUAGCAAUCAGAGCAAGCAAAUCCACCAUAAGCGGAUCACAACGUCUACUACUGCUACUUCGCCAUCUGCGGUCGCACCACAUACCAACCACGGCAGACGCUCGCGAUCUCCGCAUCAGCUUCAUGGACAGCAGGAACAGCCGACGCCGCAAGCAGUAGUAACUACAACAGCAGGAGAAACGCCUCAUGCGACUGCUAUUCGUGCCAAUGGAAAGCAGCUACUGCCAACGACCGAGCCACCCAGUUCAGCCUUGUCAGGUUGUACAACCAGGCACGGGACGGCUGAUCCGACGAUGAGUUCAAAUUAUAAUGACACGACAACACCACGAUCUCGACGCUCAUCCUCUUCGGCCCGUCAAAAAUACCAUCCCUGCCACAACCAUCAUUACAGCAGCCAGCAGCACCAGCGCACAAUGGACAGUGGCUACUCUGGCAGCCGAUGGUCCAGUACACUGUUCUCACAUGCGCCACAGACGACUUCAUCAAGCAUCACCACCGUUUCUACGCUCAGCUGGAUCUGCGUGCAGGAAGAAGAAGAACAGCAACUUCAACUGCAAGAGCAGCAGCAGCAGCAGCACUAUCAGGACGCCAGGACAAACAAUGCCAUUGCGCUCAUUACUUCUACUUCUCCCGGUAGCGCAACUGAUCACCUGCUACUGCAACAGCAACUCCAAUCGCCACCACCGUAUUAUUGUUAUCCGCAUCCCGAAGUUGACGAACAUGACAAUAGCAACAAUCAGCGCAACAAUGUCCAUGAUGAGAUUGGCGUCUCGACCGAACGCGUAUUACAAAUGCUGGAACGAUCGCCCCAGGACACGUACAGAAUCCUGGAUUAUUCGUUCGCCAAGGCACGGUUAUUGCAGGAUUCGGAUGACCAGGCCAAGGCAUUUCACGCCGCGCUCAGGUGGAGCCAGCGAGAGCCCCUGGAUGACGACGAUAACAGCAACGAUGUUGCGGCGGUAUGGGUUGCCCGGUGCUACAUGGACGGAUUCGGCACAACCAAGAAUCCCGUCGCUGGAUUUGCUCAGCUCAAGAUAUUAGUCGAUCGUGGCUGUUGGCAGGCAUUUUAUCCACUCGCCAUGUGCUAUCUUGAAGGCGUGCGGAAUGCGCAAGGUCAAGUUGUUCAACCUGUCGACAAGGAAAUCGCCUACCAAUGGUUCUCAACCGUAGCCCAGCUGGAUCUCAAGAACAAGGAUCCUUCGUCCUCAGCAUUGCCGAUCAUUGCUCUUGCCCAGUUCCGUGUGGGCUCAUUGUUGGUUGAUGAAGAUCCAAAGGCUGCUUUCCAAUGGUUUUUAAAAAGCGCCACGCGUGGUAAUAUGCAUGCACAGUAUAUAGUAGGCGUGCAUUAUGAGUUUGGCAUCCAAGUGAACAAAGAUCUCAGCAAGGCCAAGGAAUACAUGCUUGAAAGCGCCAUGCAAGAUUUCGCCCAUGCACAGGCUGCGCUCGGUAUCCUUUUGGUGAAUGCACAUGAAUACGAAGAAGGCAUUCUUUGGCUAGAGCGUGCUGCAUCAACUGAUAAUCCUCGCGCGCUGUUUCGACUGGGUCUCAUGUACGAAGAAGGCAUUGGCGUGGAACAAAGCAACGAGACAGCCGCCUUUUAUUUCAAAGCAGCUGCCAACCGUGACAAUGCAGCCGCCCAGUUCCAGUUGGCAAUCAAAUACCAUUUCGGCGGCCUUGGACUGCGACCGAAUGCACAAGAAGCCGAUCGGUAUCUCCGCAUGAGCGCAAAGGCAGGUUAUUCCAGAGCACAGCGACAUCUUGGAUUAAUGUACUUGGAACGAGGUCCGCACAACCAGCAUAGACACAACAAGAACAACAAGUUGGCAGUUGAAUGGUUUUUCCGAGCAGCGGCACAAGGCGAUGUGAUGGCAUAUGUUUUAGUUGGCGAAUGUUUUGAACAUGGACGCGGUGUCGAAGCAAACCAUGCUACUGCUCUAGAGUACUACACCAAAGCAGCAUCCAUCUCCAGUAUACAUCAAGGAAAAGCACAGUUAGCGACGGCAGAAUUGAUGCUCAAACACAGACAAACAGCUGAUGCGUUUGGAUGGUUCGUCCGUGCGUCAAAAAGCGCCGAGUGUAUCCAAGAGCAACAGCAACAAGACACUGAGGUCCUGCGUUCAUGUACCAAGUGUCGUGCCAAGCUGAUGGUGGCGCGUUACUAUUUACAUGGAUGGGGCAAUGUACAACGCGACCAACAACGAGCGUACUUGAUGCUUCACGAGCUCGCUGAUGCCAACGAUCGCGAUUAUUAUGCGCAUUACUGGUUGGCCACGUGUUACUUGGAGGGUAUCCCCAAUGUGUGUGAGGUUGAUCAUGCCACUGCGUACAAGCACUACCGGAUGGCUGCUGAAAUGGGUUACGUCGAGGCAGAGUUCCAGGUCGGUCUAAUGCUAUCGAACGGUACAGGCGUAUCAUGUGACCGUUCCGAAGCUUUUGAAUGGUACAGGAAGGCCGGCGACAAAGAUUACCAUCCCGCAUUAUACAAUCUCGGACUAUGGCAUCUCAGCAUCAAGGACAUGCCUAAAGCUGCAGAAUAUUUCGAAAAAGCAGCAUAUCUGGGCAAUGCAGCCGCCAUGGAAGGUUUAGCGUCGAUUUACCUCAAAGAGUCAUCUGCCCCUGUCUCGUCAUUGGAUCGCCAUCGCAUCCGGCUGCAGCAGCAGCGUCGUAAGCAGGCCAUUCAGUGGUUCAAGAAGGCCGCGGAACUCGGCAACCGCACAGCACAACGCGAGCUCGGAAAGCUGCAUGGCACAGGCCAAGGAAUCGCACGCAAUUACGAACGCGCAUUUGGAUUGUUUGGUCAGGCAGCUGCCCAGAACGAUCCCGAAGCAACAUUAUUGCUAGGAAGCUAUUACGAACAAGGCCGGGCGGUAGAGAAGGAUGCAGAGCACGCGCUUCGCUUAUACUUGAAAGCAGGUCGAUUAGGUUCGCCAGUAGCACCAUUUGCAGCAGGUCAGCUGUAUCAUUUGCUGAACCGGCAUCAAGAGGCCUAUGCUCAGUAUCGUAUUGCCGCACAAGAUACUCGCUUGAACGGAGAAAUGGUUGGAAAGUCUGCUACAUUAAUGCUCGCUAGAUACAUUCUCAGCUAUAUUCCUGUCAAUAUGGAGAAUGACGGCAUGCUUGGAAACGUGACCAAAGAACAAGCCUUUACCAUGCUCGAGCGCCUUGCCACCGUCGAAGAGUUUGUCCCUGCAUUCUACUGGUUGGGGGACUGCUUCCAGCAUGGUCGCGGUACACCUAUGGACCUAACACAAGCCUUAAUGUGGUUCCAGCGCUCUGUGGAUGAAGCUCAAGACGUGGAUGCAAUUGUGCAACUUGCAGGCAUGUACGACCAAGGUACGGGCGUAGCGAUCAAUAAACGCCGAGCAUUUGAUCUAUAUAGACAAGCUGCGGAACACAACCAUGCAGAAGGCCAGUACCAUCUCGGACUUGCGCAUUGGCGUGGAUUGCACGGCAUGAUUGUCAACCAAAUUGAGGCAACACGCUGGUUUACUCUUUCAGCUGCUCAAGGAUUUGGCGAAAGUCACUGGGCCAUGGGCCAAAUGGCGUUUGAAAUUGGCGACCAUCACUUGGCACGCGAACAUUGGGAACACGGACGGCGACUAGAACAUCCGCUCUGUAUCCGUUCUUUGGCACAGCUCUUAUUGAAUAACGAACAGCCAUCGGCCGAACAGGCAACUGAACUUCUUACCCAAGCUGUCAUGUUGGGCGACUUGGAUUCCCUGGUUGCUCUUGGCCGUGUGCACCAUACCAAAGCAACGGUUGCCGGACAACAGUUUGCUUCCUUGAUCGCUACCUCACCUCCCGCUUCAACAGCACAAAAAGAUGCCGAUAAUAGUAAUAUGAGCAGUAGCAGCAAUGGCAAUGACAACAGCGACGAUAGCAACGACGACACAUCAGCCAUGUUGCUACAGCAACAGCAGGAAGCACUUGAAUCUGCAACUCAGUGCUUUGAGCAGGCUGCAAUGACAGGCCAUGUGGAGGCUAUGUUUCUUGCUGGCCAGAUAUGGCAUGAGCAGAAGCAGUACGCAGCUGCGCACGAAUAUUAUGACCGCGCUGCAAACCAAGGCCAUUUGUUGUCACGCGUUAUGCGCGCACGUUAUAGGCUCGCGGGCGGUUUAGGAGGUGUAGAAGCUGAUCCCAAAGCUGGUUAUCAGGAACUGAUGGAGUGUGCACAAAUGGACAAUGGCGUCGAUGCUUACCAUUCAAUCGGUCAAUGUUACGAACUCGGUCUAGGUAUCCAACAGGAUUAUCAAGAGGCAUUUGAAUGGUAUGUCCGAUCCGCAGAAGCCACUGGUGAUGCAGAAGCUCUAGUAUGUAUCGGACGAUUGUUCGCCAACCGAUCAAUUCAACACUCACAACAACACGCCGACAUGGAAGCCAUGCAAUGGUUCAAGCUUGCCUGUGUAUACGACAACCACUCAAAAGCACAUUAUCAGCUUGGCAUGUAUUAUCUACAAGGCAUCCGCAACGAAUCCAGCAACGACAACGAAGAAUACUUACUCGCUCCUAGCCGAUAUGCUGCAUUACAACAUUUUGAACAAGCUGCACUGCAACAAGACCGGGACGCCAUGUUCCAACUCGCGAACCUGUUCCUGGAUCUUGACGCUUCUGAUGCAGUCCAAUGGAUGGACCGCGCUGCCCAAUUAGGGUCACCGGACGCUUUGCGGGAAUUGGGCAAAUUAUACUAUGCCGGCCGGAUCGUAGACCAAGACUUUGAACGCGCAUUCGAUCUGUUUUUGCGCGCAGCACAGUUAGACGAUGCCGACGCUGCCAUGCUAGUAGGCAAGUUUUACGAGCACGGUAUUACGAUGGCUGCGGAUCUGGAUCAAGCACGGUAUUGGUACGAGCUGGCGAUCCAAGCGGGUCACGGCUGGGCUGCGGAACUGGCAUUGGCACUAUUGCUACACCGUGCAGAGGACCAAGGCGAAGCCUAUCUUUUGUUCCGUGCCGCAGCUGUCCAUGCGUUUACUCCCGAGCAGCGUAUGACGCCGGAUAUCAUGAUUGCAUUGUAUCACCUUCACGGGUGGGGUAAUGCGAUUGUUCAAGAAGAACCGGCUGUGGCUACUCUGUUAGCCUAUGCGCGCGCGGGCCAUGCUCGUGUGUACUACCAAAUCGCGCGUUGCUACGAAACUGGACUGGGCGUCCAGCGCGAUCUGUCCGAGGCAUUCCGCUGGUACAGCCAGCUCGAAGCAUUUGCAAGCAACCACGAGGAUACGGACGAAGAGCUAGAUCAAGAUGUCACGCAUGCCUUGCUUCGACUUGCAGAAUUUCAUCGACAUGGAUGGAAAACAGUGAAAAACACCGAGAGAGCGGAUCAACUUUUACAACUCGCUUCAGAACGAACAUUAUGA